GAGAUGAAUUUUCCCUAACAAUAUUUUUAUUUAUACAUGGAUCUUGAAUCCUUUCGUUGUUAUUUUUUGGUGGAGCUAUUUGAACAAACAUAUUAUAUUUGCAUAAAAAAGAAAGCGAAUCGCUUCUGUUUUUGCAAGAUCAAUUUACAUAUCUGAAAACUGUUUCUCUAUCUCCGUGCACUUGGAUACUGGGGCUUGGGUGGUGUUUUUUGGUGUCUGUGUUCUGCAAAAUUUCCGAAAAUGAACGCGCUCGCUCGCAGUAGCUCUAUUGCAGCAGCGGUCAGGGCAACUACCCAAGUCAUUCCCUCAGGUGCGACUGCAAAUCCAGUUUUGGCUGAAAGGCUAAUUGCCGCUCCUGCGCAGCCUAAGCUUUCUAGCCAGAUUUUACGUAAUGCAAUUGCUCCCAAAACCGCACCAAUUGCUUCUGUUGGACUUGGUGUGAGCUCCCAGGUACGAUGCGCCCACACGGACCUGCAGGUGCCCGACUUCAGCGACUACCGGCGCAGCGCCACCACCGACCCGCGCGCGCGCGCCGAGGAUUCGCGCGCCUCCCGUCAGAGCUUCUCCUACAUCCUGGCCGGAGCUGGCAGUGUGGGCGCGGCGUACGGCGCCAAGUCUGUCGUGACCCACUUUGUGUCGUCACUCUCGGCCUCCGCUGACGUGCUGGCGCUGGCCAAGAUUGAGAUCAACCUCAACGACAUCCCCGAGGGCAAGAACAUCACCUUCAAGUGGCGCAACAAGCCGCUCUUCGUCCGCCACAGGACCGCCGAUGAGAUCCAGACCGAGAAGAGCGUCAACCUGGCCACCCUGCGUGACCCGGAGCACGACGACGUGCGCGUGAAGCAGGACCGCUGGCUGGUGCUGGUAGGCGUCUGCACCCACCUGGGCUGCGUGCCGAUCGCAAACUCCGGCGAGUUUGGCGGCUACUAUUGCCCCUGCCACGGCUCUCACUACGACGCUUCGGGCCGCAUCCGCAAAGGACCGGCACCACUGAACCUGGAGGUACCCGAGUACACCUUCACCUCGGACGAGCUACUGGUGGUCGGCUAAGCCGGUCCCAGCCGGCCUGAGCUCGAUUGAGCCGGUCUGGGCUCGACUGAGCCGGUCUGGGCUCGACUGAGCCGGUCUGGGCUCGACUGAGUUCGGCUGAGCUCGACUGAGUUCAGCUAAGCCGGUCUGUGUUCGGCUGAGUCGGCCGAACCACGGACCGGCUCUAGGAUGAUAAUGUCGGCGUGCAGAGGCGUCGGGUGUAAAUGUGAAUACUGGCGAAUACAGGUCUAUCUAUAGGA